UAGAACUCAAAGCCAAAGGCUCAAAGCUUCCACAGGAAGUCGCAAGAAAAACAUGUUUCUUGCUUCUUUUUACUGUCGCGCGGGUCGCCAGUUCUAACGAUCAUUUUCCGAGAAUGGCCACCGAAGUAGGAUUUGAAUCUGCUCCCGAAGUCAUCGGUCCGCCGACUCCCCCCAUUCCCAUCGAAACCCCCCAAAUCUCAUCAUCCCCACCGCCUCAGAUCCCGACAGAGAUCGUCAGCGACGAAGAAAUGUCACUAAUCGAAGCCGCUUUCUCUUUCGCUUUCGCAUCCCGCUCCUCUCCCACUUCCCUCCACGUCCACCGUAAUCCUCCGUCUGUUACGUCAAUUACCCUGCUUUCGAAACGCAACUGCGUGGGCGAUAUCGAAGAUGGAAUUGGAAUCGGGAGAACCCAAAAGAAGAAAAAGUUCACUGAAUCGUUGUUGUAUCGUUUCAGAAGGAAAACAGGACUGUUCGUUACUGAUAUCACGUCUACGGAAUGGUGUGAAAAACAGCAGGAGUUCUUUCUUCUUCGUGGAAAGCCGAAAGCUAGUAAAGCCAUGAAAGCAGGAAGUGCUCGUCAUGCAGUACUUGAAGCAGAGGUUAUAACAACAGUAGAAGUGCUUAUAAGAUCAUCUGAAGAACGAUGGGCUUUGAAAUUCAUAAAUUUCAUACAUGGUACUAAUCAAUUAUUUCUUGAAGGAUUAACACGCGAGUUGCCAAUAUUAGGGUUUGUGGAAGGUGUAUGUGUGGUUGGAGUUAUUGACGAAAUUCGUGAGACAACACUAAUGGAAAAUAGACAUGUUCCAACAUUGGUGGAAACAAAAACGCGUUCACAAAACAAUCUUCCAUCUGAACCCCAACAAAGAAACGGAAGGCUUCAAUUAAUGUGCUAUAAGUACCUUUGGGAUCAUCUAGUUGCUAAUCCUUUUCCUACUUCACAAUUUUUAAAAUUAUUUUCCUUAAAUCCCAAUUACGUUUUAUCCAAAGAAAUCCAAGAAAGUGCUAUUCAAGCAGGUGUCGAGGCUCAGACACUUCAUGAUGUACUAACACAAUACCAAUAUAUAUGUUCCAAGCUGCCCAAAGCUCACAAUGAGCUUUUGUUAAGAUACGAGUACCAAAAAGAUCAAUCUUUGAUAGGCGAAAACCAAUAUUUAUAUGAUUCUGAUUGGGUCACGGGUCAAAUUAAGUCAAGUAUUGAAUUUUGGAAAGGUGAAAGAGAAGCUAAUUAUGUUCUUGAGGAUGAAAGAUGGAAAUGCUGCCUCUGUAAAUAUGCAUCUAUGUGUCCAGUAAAUGCUAAGUCUGAAGAACAUACAGCACACACCACUAAAGAAUAGACGUGGGUAUGUGCAUAUUUGAAUAUGUCUUUCAUUUUUAUUUUAUUUUUUGUGUUUGUAGGUUUAAUCUUUUCAUUUAUAUGAUUUGUUGUAUUAGGAUCAUGUAAAACAUCCAUAUAUGUGAAUGCACCUGAUUGAACUGUCUUCACCA